AUGCUCUUUAUGCUGAUGCUUUCACUAGUGCAUUCAUAGAUAUAAGAUUGCCAAAUUUAAUAAGGAGAAUGUUCAGAUAACUAUGAUCCAGUUUGUGGUUUAAAUAUUUCUAAUACAUCCAUCCAAACUUUUGUUAAUUAUUGUUAUGCUUGUAAAGCAAGUUAGGUGGUGAAAUAUCUAAAAGGGGAUUGUUAAAAAAAGGGUGAUGACAUUAAAAUAGAUAUUCCACAGACCUCUGUCGGAGUGGAUAACAAUAAUCCUAAACCUACUUCUGGAAAUUAUACUUAGACCAUAUCUUGUACAAAUCCUAGACCCAGUGUAUGCGAUACGAGUGUAAAAUCUAUAUGUGGACUCUUUGAUUCUACUAUUAAAUGUACUGGAUAAAAUUGUUUACAGCAAUUCAGCAAUGAAUGCUUGGCUUGUAGAAAUACUUCAAUUCAUAGUUACUUCUUUGGAAAUUGCUCUGAUUAUAAGCCUUAGACUCCUACAGUAAUUUAAUGUAGCACUGAGACUUCAAAGAACUGCGAAUUGAAGGAACAAGUUACUGUUUGUGGCUUUUUAGAUGAAACUGCUGUAUGUUAAAACCCGCCUUGUUUGUAACCAUUCGAUAACAAAUGUGAACCAUGCCAAUAAACCAAUAUUACAUCUUAUUUUGUUGGUGAUUGCAACCAAUACUAAGAACUGUUUUAUAGUGCUGAACAACAAUCAGAUACUUUUGUGGCCAAUUACCAAUAUUGUUAGGUUCAAAGACCUUCCGAGUGUGAUCAACAAUAUGUUCAAACUUGCGGUGUCUUGAAGUCUUGCAAAGGUAAUGGAUGCGAAAGAACUUACGAUAAUCCUUGCAGUGCUUGUCAGAAUAAUGAAAUUGAAGGAUACUAUGCUGGAGAAUGUUUAAAUAGCUAUGUGUCACUAAUCUCAAUGUUUAUUAUUGCUUUGUUAAUAUAAUGA